AUGACGAACGACAUCUCCGCCAAAUUCCAAGAGCACGAGGUCGUCCCCAGGGUGAUUGAUGCUGCUCCUGCCAAGGAGUUACAAGUCAGCUAUGAUUCGGGAGUCAAGGCCGAGCUCGGAAACGUGCUGACUCCUACUCAAGUCCAAAAUCCACCUCAAGUCUCCUGGGAGGCGGAAGCUGAUGCUCUUUAUACGCUGUUGCUGACUGACCCUGAUGCUCCAUCCAGAAAGGAGGGGAAGCUGGAGUGGCAUCACUGGCUCGUUGCCAAUAUUCCUGGCAACAAGGUCAGCGAGGGAGAGGUGCUUUCGGCUUAUGUUGGGGCUGGACCUCCACCGAAUACCGGCCUCCAUCGCUACGUCUUCCUGCUCUGGAAGCAGCCUGGAAAGUUGUCUGAUGCUGAGCAUGGGCAUUUGACAAAUACUUCUCCCGCCAAGCGCGACGGCUUCGAAGCCCGCGCGUUCGCCAAAAAGCACAACCUUGGCCAACCGAUCGCCGGAAACUUCUUCCAAGCCGAGCAUGACGAUUAUGUGCCCAAGCUCUACAAGCAGCUUGGCUUC